CAAGCCCGAAAUUUCCAUUCUCCCCAUAAACCCUAGUAAGCUUCACACACCUUCUCCGGUAGGGUUUUCGAUUCUCCGUAACUCCUAAUUCUAUCUCCAGUGCCACAAGAAUGGAAGGCCUCGAAAUGGAGGAGAGCCCUAUCAUCCUUUCACAUGAUGAUUUUUGUGAUUCAGUUCUCUCACGAUUCUCCACCUCCGCACAAGAGGACCACCAACACCUCUGCGCAGUCAUAGGCGCAAUGUCACUGGAACUCAGAGAACAGAACCUCCCGUCCACCCCAAUGGCUUACUUCGGCGCCGCAUGCUCCUCCCUGGACCGCCUCUCUUCUUCCAACCCCGAUCCUCCUCCUCAUGUAAUUGAUGCUCUAAUUACCAUUCUCUCUCUCGCUAUUCCCAGAAUUUCGGCGGGGAUAUUGAAGAAGAAGAGAGAAUUCUUAUCGGAGAUCUUGAUUAGAGUUUUAAGGUUGAACUUGCUGACGGUUGGUGCAGUAGCUUCAGGAUUGAAAUGUAUAGCCCAUAUAUUGGUUGUUAAAGACUCUUUAAAUUGGACUGAUGUUUCUCCGUCAUAUGGCAUAUUAUUGGGGUUCAUUAUCGAUUCGCGUCCAAAGGUGAGAAAGCAGGCAAAUACCUGUAUGCGUGAUAUCCUACAAAGUUUUCAAGGAACACCGUUACUAGCUCCGGCAAGUGAAGGGAUUACAAAUACCUUUGAAAGGUUUCUGCUUCUUGCUGGUGGAUCAAAAACUAAUGAAACUGAAGGGCCAAGAGGAGCUCAAGAGGUCCUAUACGUUCUUGAUACUCUUAAAGAAUGUCUUCCGCUUAUGUCUAUGAAAUGCAAGACUGGCAUUCUUAAGUAUUAUAAAACUCUUCUUGAACUACGGCAACCAGUUGUAACAAGGCGCAUAACUGAUAGUUUGAAUGUAUUUUGUCUAAACCAAACUUCGGAAAUUUCAGCUGAAGCAUUGCAAGACCUGUUAUGCUCAUUAGCUCUUUCAGUCUCCACAAAUGAGACAUCUGUGGACAACACGACUUUUACUGCUCGCUUGCUGGAUGUUGGGAUGAGAAAAGUUUAUUCCCUAAAUAGACAAAUUUGUGUGGUUAAGCUGCCACUUGUUUUUAGCACCCUGAAAGAUAUUUUAGCGUCUGAACAUGAGGAGGCAAUUUUUGGAGCAAUGGAGGCAUUGAAGAGUUUGAUUAAUAAUUGUAUUGAUGAAAGUUUGGUCAAGCAAGGAGUAGAUCAGCUUGUGACUAAUAAAAAUUCAGACAAUAGAAAGUCUGGGCCAACAGUCAUCGAGAAAGUGUGUGCUACUAUUGAGAGCUUACUUGAUUAUCGUUACAGUGCAGUCUGGGACAUGGUAUUUCAAGUUGUUUCAACCAUGUUUGAUAAAUUAGGUGACAAUUCUUCGUAUUUUAUGAAAGGAACCCUUAAGAAUCUUGCAGAUAUGCAGGGGUUGUCAGAUGAAGAUUUUCCUUACAGAAAACAGUUGCAUGAAUGCCUUGGAUCUGCUCUUGGUGCGAUGGGGCCUGAAGCAUUUUUAAGCCUCCUACCUCUUAAAUUCGAGGCUGAUGACUUGUCUGAGGUUAAUGUUUGGCUCUUUCCUAUUCUGAAGCAGUAUACUGUUGGUGCCCAUUUAAGCUUCUUUACAGAAACCAUUUUGGGUAUGAUUGGAGUGAUGAAACAGAAAUCCCGAAGAUUGGAGGUAGAAGGACGGAUUGUCUCAGCAAGAAGUGCGGACGCACUUGUAUACUCUUUAUGGUCCUUAUUACCUUCUUUUUGUAACUAUCCUUUGAAUAUGACAGAAGGUUUUAAGGAUCUGGAGAAAGCUUUGCAGAUUUCUCUUCGUGAAGAAUGUGAUGUUCGUGGAAUAAUAUGCUCUGCUCUGCAGAUUCUUAUUCAGCAAAAUAAGAGAAUAGUUGAAGAUAACAGUGAUCUGAGUGUUACUGAAGUUGGUGUUGCCAGGCAACGAGCUAUGGCCCUCUAUAGCCCACAGGUUGCAGCAGAUAAUUUGAGUGUGCUAAGGUCAUCUGCUCGUGAGUUCUUGACUGUUUUAUCAGGGAUCCUCUUGGAAUCUUCAAAGGAUGAUGGUGGCUGUUUGCAGCUGAUAAUUAAUGAGUUUGCUUCCAUAUCUGAUAAAGAAGUUGUCACAAGGAUAUUCUUGCGGACAAUGAGAAAGCUUCUGGAGGUUACUCAAAAGGCUACAAAAGCUCAAGAUUCUGGAAAUUUUAAUUCUAUGCAGAUUGAUGAUUCAUCAGUUGAAAAGUCACCGUCACUUGAAAGGGCACGGCUAUUUGAUUUGGCUGUUUCCCUUUUGCCUGGCUUGGAUGUUAAAGAGAUUGGGGUUCUGUUUAGUGCAGUAAAGCCUGCAUUACAGGAUGCUGAUGGUUUGAUCCAAAAGAAAGCAUACAAGGUCCUCUCAAUUAUUAUUCAGAAGUAUGAUGGAUUUCUUUCCUCAGUGCUUGAGGAACUAAUUCAACUUAUGAUCGAUGUCCUACCUUUCUGCCAUUUCUCUGCCAAACGACACAGACUUGAUUGUUUGUACUUUUUGAUUGUCCAUGUUUCCAAGGGAAAUUCAGAACAUAGGCAAUGGGACAUCCUUUUUGGUUUCCUUACUGAAAUAAUCCUUGCUCUGAAGGAGGCUAACAAAAAGACAAGAAAUAGAGCUUAUGAUGUCCUUGUCCAAAUCGGUCAUGCAUGUGGAGAUGAAGAGAAUGGUGGAAACAAGGAAUUUUUAUAUCAAUUUUUUAACAUGGUAGCGGGAUGCAUGGCUGGAGAAACUCCUCAUAUGGUCAGUGCUGCUGUGAAAGGCUUAGCACGUUUGGCUUAUGAGUUUUCAGAUCUUGUUUCUACUGCUUUCAAGUUGCUUCCAUCCACAUUUCUCCUCCUCCAGAGAAAGAACCGGGAAAUCAUUAAAGCUAAUUUAGGUUUGUUAAAGGUAUUGGUAGCCAAAUCACAAUAUGACAGGCUUCAGAUGCACUUGAAGAGCAUGGUGGAAGGCUUGCUGAAGUGGCCAGAUGACACCAAAAACCACUUCAAAGCCAAGGUCAAGCUUCUGCUAGAAAUGCUCGUCAGGAAGUGUGGUAUGGAUGCCGUUAAGGCAGUGAUGCCUGAAGAACAUAUGAGGCUUCUUACUAACAUCCGGAAGGUAAUGGAACGGAAAGAGAGAAAGCAUGGAGCUAACUCUGAGGAAGAUAGAUCUCAUCUAUCGAGGGCGACUACAUCCAGGAUAAGUAGAUGGAACCAUACCAAAAUAUUCUCUGAUUCUGGUGAUGAAGACACGCAUGAUGAUGAUGCUGAAGACAUGGAUUUUAAGUCUGUUUUGGGUGGACAAAGCAAGGCCUCAUCAAAACUCAAAUGCAAAUUGUCUUCAUCCCGGUCCAAGAGGAUGCGUAAAUCAGAUAAGAGCUUGCCAGAAGACUUGUCUGAGCAAUUAGAAGAUGAGCCGCUUGAUUUACUUGAUCAGCAUAAAACAAGGUCCGCCCUUCGAUCAUCAAAGAAUCUCAAAAGGCAGCAAGAAUCGGAUGAUGAACUGGAGAUAGACUCUGAAGGCAGAUUGAUAAUUCGUGAUGGGGGGAAACCAAAGAAGGAAAAGCCAUCAGAUGCCGAUUCAGAUGAAAGGACUGAAGUGAGAAGUCAUGUUUCUCAGUCGUCAAGGAGAUCCCAGAAGCGUCGGAAAAUGUCAGAAACCGGGUGGGCAUACACUGGGACUGAAUAUGCCAGCAAGAAAGCUGGUGGUGAUUUGAAGAGGAAAGACAAGCUUGAGCCAUAUGCAUAUUGGCCCCUUGAUCGCAAGAUGAUAAGUCGUAGACCAGAGCAUCGUGCAGCUGCUAGGAAAGGCAUGGCAAGUGUGAUGAAAAUGACCAAAAAGCUUGAGGGCAAGAGUUCUUCAAAUGCACUUUCCAUGAAGUUAAUGAGGUUUAAGAAUGCAAAGAAAGGCAACAAGAAAAAAAGCAGGUGAAGGACCUGUCUACUUGGAUACACAUACACAUGCUGAACUUCAUGUUGUAAUAUUUUCUUUUAUUAUUCAUUCAUUUGUUUAAUUAUAUAUAUUCGAAGGUGCCAGUUUGGGUUUUCUGAAGGCAAUUUUUUCUGAAGGCAAUUUCUCCAAAUUGGAAAAUGUGUUGCGUUUGUAUAUAACAGAGAUGUGAAAGUUGUGUUGAUGUCGCAAUAGAUUAAGAUUUUGCUGUUUGAUUGCCAUUUUGCUCAA